AUGUCUGAUUCCAAGCCCGCAUUUCUGCUCUUCGGCUCCCUUUCCCUGUCCUUCGACGAGAAGGCCUUUCAACAGCUGCAGAGGACCAUAAUAGCUGAUGGAAGACACCACUGGGCCUGGGAGACGCUCACGUGCCUUCCCCAUUCCUAUCAAACGAUCGUGGCUGCCGUCCCUGCUCUGGAGUCUGCUUCUACUCUCGAACACCUCCACGACCUUAAGAAGGCCGUCCAACGUCAACAGCCAUUGACCAUACCUUUCCCUCUGCCGAAUUCAGCCCUAAUUCCCCUUGUUGUAGUCUUCCAAUUGACUCAAUAUGCGGAUAUGGUUGAGGAUGCCGCCAUCGACCUGGACCCCCGGGUUGACCUCUUCGCUGCAUCAAUCCACGGCCAAGAAACAUUGGGCUUCUGUACCGGUCUCCUCAGUGCCAUCACGGUCUCGAGUGCCCGGAACAAGGAACAGUUCUGCCACUUCGCUGCCGUUGCCGCCCGACUGGGUCUUCUUGUUGGCAUGGUCGUCGACGCAUGUGAUGCCGCGUCUUUGGGGCCGUCACGAUCGCUGAUUGCCGCCUGGAGCUCAGGGAAGAAGGAGAACGAGCUGCAUCAAAUACUCCAAGCCUUUCCAGAGCUAGCGUAUUUGUCAGUCUACUACGAUGAGGAUCCCUCAACCCUCUCCCCACUGCUGGAACAAUGUCGAGCAGCGGGCAUUCUAGCUGCAGAGGUCGGGCUAUUCGGGCGAUUCCACACUAUUCUCGACUUCUGUGACGCCCACCCGAGCUUUCAGUUUCCGGACGCCUCAGAACUGCAAAUCUUGAUAGACCCACGGCAGUGGUUUGCAGCAGUUGACACUGUCCGCAAAUCACGGCUGCAAGAAGACGACGCUCAUCGCUUCGGUCAAAAGGUGAUCCAAGCGCCCGUGCCUGGGAGCUCGCAGGCUGCCUCGUACACGUAUUGCGGCAAUGACAUUGCCGUUGUCGGGAUGGCGUGCAAAACCGCCGGUGCGGACAACCUCAAGGAAUUCUGGGACCUACUUUGCGCGGGGGAGUCUCAGCACAAGGAAGUACCCAAGGAGCGUUUUGGUUUCGAAACUGUCUUUCGAGACGUCGGCCAGAAGCGCAAGUGGUUUGGGAACUCCAUCAAUGGUCAUGACGAAUUUGAUCACAAAUUCUUCAAGAAAAGCCCCAGGGAAAGCGCGACAAUGGAUCCGCAACAGCGCCACCUACCGCAAAUUGCCUACCAGACCGUAGAACAAUCCGGCUACUUUCACAAUCCGAGUCCUGACAAGCGGAUCGGCUGCUAUGUAGGUGUCUGUGCUUGUGAUUAUGAAGCCAACAUUGCCUGUCACGCUCCGAAUGCUUUCUCCGCGACGGGAAAUCUGCAAGGAUUCAUUGCUGGAAAAGUCAGCCAUUUCUUCGGCUGGACCGGCCCGGAUCUCACCAUCGACACUGCAUGCUCCUCCUCGGCGGUUGCGGUUCAUCAAGCCUGCAAGGCAAUUGUAGGAGGCGAGUGCACCGCGGCCCUUGCUGGUGGCACGCAUAAUCUGGCAGGCGCCUCAUUCUUGAGUCCCACUGGACAAUGCAAGCCAUUCGAUAUCGAAGCAGACGGGUACUGCAGGGUGAGGAAAUUGUCCGCGGCGGUCGCCGAUGGAGAUCAAAUCAUGGGCGUGACCCCAGCAACAGCUGUCCAACAGAACCAGGACUACGUGUCCAAGCGAGCCCGUCUCACACCGGAAGAAAUCUCCGUUGUUGAGGCCCACGGCACAGGUACUGCAGUAGGGGACCCUGCAGAAUAUGAUAGUGUCCGUGCUGUCUUAGGGAGAUCAAUCCGCAAGAAGCCGUUGAUGCUCAGCUCCGUCAAAGGACUAGUAGGUCAUGUGGAGUGUACCUCCGGCAUCAUCUCCAUCAUCAAAGUGCUACUGAUGAUUCAGAAGAGCAUGAUUCCACCCCAGGCCAGUUUCACCACCGUCAAUCCAGCUAUCAAAGCGACGUCAACAGACAAUAUUGUCAUCCCAACUAGCUUGCAGCAAUGGAAUGUUGGGUUCAAAGCUGUUCUCAUCAACAAUUAUGGAGCCUCUGGUUCAAAUGCGUCCCUCAUCAUCACCCAAGCCCCAGCCCAAGCGAGGAGAGCAAUUGGAACGACGGUGCAUGACAGUAUGAGCAUACGAUGGUACUCGAAGGGCCUUCGCGACUAUUUGAAUCGUGACCUCUCUGAGCCGAAACUGUCUUAUAUUGCCUUUAAUUCGGCCCGUCAAAGCAACUGGCAUCUUAAUCGAACGCUGAUGUUCAGUGUAAAGUCUAUUGACAAAUUGAACAAGGAUCUUCAAGCAUACGAGAAUGGUAACUUCAACAUCACGUCCGUUUCUCUUCCGAGUCCUCUUCCUGUGGUGCUAUGCUUUGGUGGGCAAGUGUCUAAGUUCAUCGGACUUGAUCGGCUGGUGUAUGAGCAUGUUGCAGUGUUUCGAAAGCAUCUUAACACGGUUGAUGCCGUGGCUCGGGCCAUGGGUGUGGGUAGCAUCUUCCCGGACAUAUUCAGCCGUGCUUCGAUUGAUGACCCCGUCAAGUUGCAAGUAAUGCUCUUUUCCUUGCAAUAUGCCUCAGCGCACAGCUGGAUAGAUUCUGGAAUCCAGCCAGCGGCAGUCGUAGGCCAUAGCUUCGGCGAGCUUACGGCUCUAUGCGUGGCAAGUGCCUUAUCGCUUGAAGACACCAUGCGUAUGAUCGUGGCUCGUGCUACCGUUGUUAGAGACUUUUGGGGUCCUGACAAGGGUGCUAUGGUUGCUGUGGAGGCCGAUCUUCAUGAAGUGGAAGCGCUACUCGUGAAGUCCAAGGCCCACUGUGCCGGUAUCGAGUCAGCCACCAUUGCUUGCUAUAACGGGCCUCGGAGCUAUACGCUGGCUGGUGCAACUCCGGCGGUGCAAGCAGUCAUUGAGACACUUUCCUUGUCUGCCUUUUCGUCCAUGAAACAUAAGCGGUUGAACAGGGCCACGGAGUCAGCUGCCGACGAGAAGCUUACCCCUCAGUUUGUUGCUCAACAUAUCCGCUCACCCGUAUUCUUCCACCAAGCAAUAAAGAGGUUAUCCUGCAAGUAUCCAUUCUGUGUCUUCCUGGAAGCUGGGUCCGCCUCAACCGUUACCAACAUGGCUAGCCGAGCCCUCGGCAGUCCCAAAAGCUCGCACUUUCAAUCUAUCAACAUCACUUGCGACAAUGGGUGGAACAACUUGGUGGAUGCAACACUGAGCCUGUGGAAGGCAGGCCUGGGUGUGCAAUUCUGGGCUCACCAGUCGAGUCAAACAAAGGGGCACCCAAUCCUUCUAUUGCCGCCCUACCAGUUUGAGCGUUCAAAGCAUUGGAUUGAACUCAAGACGCCCCCAAGAAUUACUUCGGAAAAAGACUUGAGACCAAAGAUCAUGGAGCAGGACCUGCCGGAGAAGCUUUUCAAGUUCGUCGGGUACGAAGACAAGGCCGAGCGGCAAGCGAGAUUCCGUAUCAAUACGCUGGCCGCCGAGUACGAAAGACUCCUUCGUGGACACGUCAUUGCUCAGACAGCGCCCAUCUGCCCUGCCACUAUUCAGCUUGAUAUAGUCAUUGAAGCAGUACGCAGCAUCAAGCCAGCUUUCUCAUCAUCCAAGCUAGAGCCCAGGCUGUACAACGUCGAGAACGCCUCGCCACUCUGCAUCAACCUGGGGCAGGCAGUAUGGGUCGAGGCGGUUACGGAAGGUAGCGCAGCAACAACUUGGAACUUUCAGGUUUUCAGCAAUGACCUUCAGAACGAAGCCCCGCGCACAGUCCAUACUACCGAUCAGAUCGUCUUUCAGUCCGUCGACGAUCUCGCACUGAAAUCUGAGUUUGCGCGCCUGGAACGCCAUUUCAGUCACGAACAGUGUCUUGAUAUCCUGCGCAGUAACGAUCCAGACGAAGUCCUGCAGAGUAGAAACAUCUACAAAAUCUUCGCCGAGAUCAAGCUGGUGAGCAAGGGAAGCCAAUCGGCAGGUUUAGUAGCCAAGCAGUAUAAUCCGGAAUCAUGGCUCGACGGGCAUCUGGCCGACAGCUUCUGUCAGGUUGGAGGCAUCUAUGUCAACUGUAUGGUUGACCGCACCAUGUCAGAUAUGUAUAUCGCAAAUGGUGUCGAGCAGUGGAUUCGCUCUCCGAGAUUUCACCAGCAAGAUUCGCGGCCUGAUUCGUACCAUGUUCUGGCGACACAUCAUCGACCCUCACCCAAGGCGUUUCUAACAGAUGUCUUUAUAUUCAAUCCGACAAAUGGUUCUUUGAUUGAGGCCAAGCUGCGUAUCAGCUAUGUGAGAGUACCGAAAGCUUCGAUAAGCAGGUUACUAUCGCGUCUUACCAUGGGAGACUUCCAGAAGGUUGCGGAAGCUUCCACCUCUGAGCCUUUUCAUGGUGAUACCGAUGCAGAGAAAAAGGUUUUAGCAGUUCCCCAAGCACAGGUACAGAGAGCCAGUCCUUCAGCAAGCAUCAAAGUGCAGGCACCAGGCGAGUUAGAGACUGCACCAAAGGUGAAGACUAUCCUUGCGGAACUCUCCGGUCUCGAGUUGAAGGAGAUCAAAGAUGACAGUAACCUCGCAGACUUAGGAAUUGAUUCUCUCAUGGGAAUGGAGUUGGCACAUGAGAUUGAAGCCGCAUUCCAGAUCACGAUUCUGGAAAAUGAGCUCAUGGAUGUCAUCGACAUUCCCAGCUUGAUGAAGUGUGUGGAAACUGUGAUAGGUGGCGGCGUUGUUACUGCAACAGAAAGCAGUGAUCAAAGCACUUCUGAGAGUGAGGAAAGCGACACAAAGCCCAGCGGCUACACGACGCCGAGUACCGCAUCUGAGGUGGCUGAGCCAGCAAAGUCUGUCCAGAACACCGGACUGAACCUUUCCUUUUGCUCUGUGAUAGAGGCUUUCAAUGAGGUCAAGAGCAAUACCGACGACCAUAUUGUUGAUUACAAGCAGGGCAAUUACUUUGAGACGGCGUUCGAUAAGUUGGGACAGCACAUUCGCAAUGCCAAUCCUGGUGACAAAUUUGUCCGCAUUGAACACGCAAGAGAACAUGCCCGACUAGUUGACCACCUGUAUAGAAUGCUCGACGAGGGAGCAGGGCUUGUAAAUAUCGACGGCGAUUGCAUCACUCGCACGGCAGUCCUCCCUCCUUGCUCGAGCAAAAAGAUCCUCGCAGAACUUGCUACUCGCUUCCCUGACCAGAGUAUGGCUGAUGAACUCACCUUAUACACUGGAUCUCAGCUGGCCGAGGUCCUCAGAGGCCAGACAGAUGGGAUCAAGUUGAUCUUCGGAACUCCAAAAAGGGCGCUAUUCUACCGACAAAUGGAGGAAUUCAUUAGCCGACUCGUUUCUAAAGUCGACAUGGCUCAGGGCGUCAUCAAGAUCUUGGAGAUGGGGGCUGGUACAGGAGGAACGACUAGAUGGCUCGUUCCUCUGCUCGCGGAGUUGAACAUUUCAGUCGAGUACACCUUCACGGAUCUCGCUCCAUCCUUUGUCGCUGCCGCUCGCAAGAGAUUUGGCAAGCAGUAUCCCUUCAUGAAAUUCAGGACACAUGGUAUUGAACAGGCUCCGGCCGACGAUCUUCUCGGCACGCAACACAUCAUUAUCGCCAGUAACGCUGUGCAUGCCACGCACAGUCUCAGGGCGUCUGCAAGUAAUACCCGCAAGGCCCUACGAUCUGACGGUCUCCUUAUGAUGCUCGAAAUGACAAGUAUCAUGUAUUGGGUCGAUGUCACAUUCGGGCUGUUUGAGGGCUGGUGGUAUGUUGACGAUGAACGCACACAUGCUGUGACGCACGAGUCGCAGUGGGAAACUGAGCUGCACUCGGCUGGAUACGGACACGUCGACUGGACUGAUGGUGCGCGGCCAGAGAACAGACUGGAGAAGCUGAUUAUUGCCUUUGCUUCAGGCGGGAGGUACGAGCGACUCCCACAGUCACAUCCAAUCGAGAGCCUAUCGACUGACUGUGCGGCGCGACAAACAGUUAUUGACAGAUACCUGCGUAAGAUGACGGCCGGAUGGAAGGCUCCUUCGGUGAAGGUCGGACCCACAAAUAGGGAUAGAAAAUGUAUUGUUCUCACAGGGGCAACAGGGAGCUUGGCAAGCCAUGUGGUCCAAAAGCUUGCCAGCAGUCCUGGUCUUCAGUCUCUGAGCCAGAAAGGCAUCUGGCUUCCUGACGAUGCGAUCGACAAACUCACCAUCAUGGAUGCUGAUCUUGCAAGACCGCAACUCGGGCUGUCGAGUCCACAGUACGAAUCCCUUGUCUCAACGACCACGCACAUUAUUCACAACGCCUGGCUCAUGAAUGCGAAAUGGCCGUUAGAUCGAUUCGAGUCACAACUUUAUAUCAUGCGCAAUCUGUUAGACUUUGCGUCCGCUGUUGUGGGCCAUGGCUGUAACAUAGUCACAUUUCAGUUCAUCUCCUCCAUUGCAACAGUCGGUCAUUAUCCUCUGCAUACAGGAAGACCUCGGGUUCCGGAAGCGAUGAUGGGAAUCGAAUCUGUUCUCCCCACCGGGUACGGAGACGCAAAGUACAUUUGCGAGCUGAUGCUUGAGUCGACGCUAAGGCUUCACCCAGACAAAUUCCAUGCCAUGACGGUGCGUCCAGGGCAAAUCGCAGGCUCCAGUGAGAGCGGAUACUGGAACCCCCGUGAGCAUUUCUCCUUCGUGAUCAAAUCAUCACAGACACUCGGCGCCCUCCCUCGCUUCGAAGGCCUUCUGUCAUGGACGCUCGUCGAUUUCGUAGCCGGUGCAACCGUCGACUUGCUUUGCCGCGACGACCCACCGUAUCCGGUCUACCAUAUUGAGAACCCGAUCCGCCAGAGGUGGGAAGAUAUAAUGCCUGUGCUUGCAGAUGAGCUGCACCUACCACAGACAAACAUAAUUCCAUUCUCAGAGUGGGUGCAGCGCGUUCGGGAGUAUAGUCGACAUGCAGGGUCAGAGCGGGAGAAUCCCGCCAUCAUGUUGGUUGAUUUCUUGGAUGAGAACUUUCUGCGCAUGUCUUGCGGUGGGCUCUUGUUGGAGACCAGGAGAUGUCGCGAGCAUUCGAAGACUCUGGCAGAUAUGGGCCCGGUUAGUGAGGAUGUGACAAGGUUGUAUAUCAAGAACUGGAGGGCGAUGGAGUUUUUGGAUUGA